GAUGCUCUCUAAAGCAAAACAGCGAAAGGAAGCUGCGGUCUAGCUGCUAGGUUUUCACGACUUAUUCAUAAAUCAUCGCGAGAAUAUCGGCCGAGAACUGUAGUUGGUCACAACGUUGGACGUAACAGUGGCCAAAUGGCUAAAGUUGAGAUAGCACCACUCAGACCCUGGGAUGACUUUUUCCCUGGGUCUGAAAGGUUCGGCAAGCCCGAUGUGCGCGACCUGGCGAAAUGGAACAACAGAGUUGUUAGCAAUCUUCUCUACUAUCAAACAAAUUAUUUGGCGAUGGCAAUCGUUGUCUUCCUGCUUGUGGGGUUAACCAAUCCCUUUGGCAUGAUGCUGGGCGGCAUCGUGGUCACCCUGGUCUUCAUGGGCUCUGUGUGGGCUGCGGAGAACAAGGCCAUGAUCAAGAGCCUCAAAAGGCAGAACCCCACCCUGUUUGUCUUUGUGGUGAUGCUCGCAAGCUAUUUCCUCAUGUCUCUCUUCGGAGGAGUCAUGGUAUUCAUCUUUGGAAUCUCCUUCCCCCUUCUGUUGAUCUUCGCCCAUGCUUCCCUGCGCCUGCGUAACAUGAAGAAUAAGCUGGAGAAUAAGAUUGAAGGGGUGGGGUUAAAGAAGUCACCAAUGGGGAUCAUACUGGAAGCACUGGGACAACAGGAAGAGAGCAUAAACAAGAUUCAGGACUUCCUGGAGAAUGAGAUGAUGAAGAAACUGAAAGAGUGAAAACCAACACACACACACACACACACACACACACACACAGUUGCACACAGUCGCACACAGUCAUACAUAUAAAUUGAUUCCAUUUUGUAGGUUAGUAGAACCACAUGGUCCUAGGGAACUGAACUCUACUCCAGGUAGAGGAUAUAAUGUGACUUUUCUGAGCACAGUUCACUGAAUGUAAGGGAUUGCAUUGUUUGUAAAUCCAUCCAAGUUUACAUGCAGGACACACCUAGCGGUCAAGCAGUCCUCAGGUCCUGCUUCACUCCCUGCCCCUGUCAGAAAGAUGCUCUCAGAGCUAAACGCACACACUCCCUUUGUGGUUGUGCUACAGUGUCAUAACAUAUAAAGUAUAUUAUUUCCUUCCAAAAUGUUGAACUUACCACUUCCACGGGUUUCAUGUGCAAUCAGGACAUAAAAAUGAAAUUUACUGCAGUGUUGAAAAUAGUGAUCCUCAAUAUUCUAUUUAAAAAGCCAUGUAUGGAGAAUGAGUUUUCAGUUGCUUCUAGUUGAUUUUUCUGUUUCAUACAGUUUAUUAAUAUUUUUUCUGAACUGUAUGUACUGGUGUUUUUUGUGUUUUAAUGUGUUAUAUCAAGAAUAACAAUAUAAAUCCUUACCAAAUGGAUAAAUUAAGUUGCAGAGGCAACUGGGCAUUGAAAAGACAGUGUUUGAAUGCUUUUGUUCAAUCAAUGAUUCCAAAGCAUGUGUGAGUGACUUGUGUGUUAAAUAAUUAUCAACAAACAACUCAACAAACUUCUAUGCAAUAUUUUGAAAUAAAGAGUCAAAGCCCUCUGUGAACUGAA